UGAAAAGCAACCAGGAAUGUCACAAAACCUAAGGCCUAAGUGGGUUUCACAUGAAGGGGCAUGUGAUUUCUUUUUCACUUUUUGGGAAUGUAACAUUCCAAAAAAAAAAUUCAAACACACAAACCAAACGCAGAUAUCUCACAUACUGGGCAUCACAUUCCGACCUGUAUAAGAAAUUCCGUCCAACCAAAUGUACCCUUACUAAAUGUUAUAGUUGAAGUACAUGACAUUUGCUAAAGAAUCAAUUGUGAGAAGGGGACAAAUAAAGUAAGAAAGCACUAUUACUACUAAAACAAUUAAAUCUAGGUGGGGCAUGACCCCUUACCAUGAAUGUCCCCCGCCCAAGAAGUAAAAACGUUUUGAAAAUUCUAAAAUUAAAAUAAGUACUCUCAUACGGAGUACUUCCUCCGUUCUUAAAUAAGUGCAACAGUCAACAUUUCACACUUGCCGAGACAACUUUGACCAUUAAUAUAUACGGAGUAUAAUUCUCUAUUAGUAAAAAAUUUAAAAAAAUCAGUUUUUGAAAAUUUACAAUGAGACAAAUUUAACAAUAUAUUUUUCAAAAAUAUAUAUUAAUACAUUAAUAAAUAAAAUGUAGCCAAAAUAUAACAUGUGAAUAGUGUAAAAUUUAACAUGUUGCACUUAUUUAAGAACGGAGUAGUAUAAUUUAGUAGUUCCAUACCGUCAUUCUAAACAGAGUUCAAGAUCUGGACAGUAAAAUUAGCGGACUAUGUGCACCCCUACGAGUAUACCCAAUAAAUGGGUUAUUUUUCCCAUAAAUCCUGACAGCAUUAUUAAUUAUUACGUGAGCAUUUGCGCUUUGAAGAACGCAGGAGGCAACGACUGAACAACCUUGGGAGUGAUCAGGAGAGGGCGCAGGAUACGAAGCGAACGAGCCAGCAUAGCUCUUAAUUAGCUUCUGCAAUAAGUAGAGACCUUUAGUAGCUCACGCUCCUUGUCCCAGGCUUCUUCUCGUCCACAGCAUAACUUUUGCAACAUCAACCACUGCUAAUCAUUAUCAAUUCCGGAUUUGCAAUAAAGGAACGCAGAAAAGCUUAAAAGACUAAUUAUUGAAGCAAUAUAUGAUGCCAAAACUUACAUGGAGGAUCGAAGAUUUCUCGAAAAUUGAUGAUAGGAUUCACUCGGUGACUUUUGUCGUGAACGAGUACAAAUGGAGGUUGUGCCUUUAUCCAAGAGGAAGCCUAAGAGAUCAUUUGUCGCUGUACCUCCAUGUGGCUGACACAUCAAGCUUACCCAAUGGGCGGAGUAUAACAGCUAAAUUCAGUCUGGCUCUUAUUAAUCAGAUAGACACCAAUAAAACCAUCAAGAAAGAUAUGGAAGGCAAAUAUGACGCUCGAUGGACUACUAACGGCUACCCUUCAUUUAUCUCGCUUAGUAAGCUUCACAAUAAAAGUGAAGGUUAUCUUGUUGAUGACAUUUGCUUGAUUGAAAUUGAAGUUUCUGUUUUGGAUGACGCUACUCCAAGUUCCAACGAUGAAGUAAGUUUCCAAUCCAUGUAUAUGUACAAAAAUGCUUCAUGUAGACGCCAAGUUUAUUAUGAUGCAUAUCAGUAUAUGAUGUCC